CGUAAAUGGCCUUUAUCACGUGAUCGUAUGAUUAUAUAACCCACACUUUGCUGAAUUUGGAGCAAGACACUUUACGUGCCUUACUGUCGCGCUAUCGUCUUAUUAUUCUGUCACGACUCCUGGAGCCGACUCGAAGGAACACCAAUUGCAUGAAUUCCCUGUCAAGUUGGCAAAUCCAGCCCUGAUCCUCGCAGGAACUGCUCCCCUUAGGCCGUAUACCGGAAUGUGGCGACGUGCAUGGAAGCCAGUGGCAGCAACAGUUGCGAUUGGUACUCCAGCGUACUUGUAUUACUACAGAACGACGCCAACUUUUUCCAUUCCUAUCCGGGUCAGAGAUUCGGACGGAAAGCCGGCCAUGUCGACUAAGGUCCUGCCUCUUCUCUCCAUGGAAGAGGUCAACAAACGUUUAAGCGAACGCGCGAAUUCUGAAAGGACGCUGCGGCCAGGACGGCAUCCAUUGCCUUCGAAUGAUCCUAUUGAAGACGCACAUUCAGAACAGAUCAUCCAAAGAGACGAUGCUUCUGGCGACUACCUGUUCUUCGCCGUUAUGGACGGGCACCGUGCCGGAGAUACCUCCCAUCUGCUUUCCCUCAUUCUUAUUGAAGCGGUUUCUCUUUCCCUCUCUAAGCUCAUCUCGAAUUCCUCUUCAACGACCCUUACUGGAUCCGCUCUUGACCGUGUCAAGUCAGUUGUUGGGGUCGGGUCGACUCCGGACGCUGAUCCGUAUCGUGUCUCCCUCGCUAUACAGGAUGCAUUCACUGACCUAGAUCGUGAACUCAUCACUGCUCCCCUCCGUGGUAUACCAGACCUCAGUAAACACCCGCUUGCAUUGAAGACUAUGCUUCCGGCCAUCUCAGGCAGCUGCGCUCUGAUGGCUGUAUUCGAUACAGCUCACAAGGACCUAUACGUUGCUUGUACGGGAGAUAGUCGUGCCGUUGCUGGUGUCUGGGAACCAACUCCUGACGGCAAAGGUCACUGGCGUGUCGAUGUUCUUAGUGAGGACCAGACAGGCAGAAACCCAAACGAACUGAAGAGAAUGCAGGCAGAGCAUCCUAAAGAUGAAGCAGACACGGUUAUUCGAAAUGGCCGGGUACUCGGAGGCCUAGAACCUACGCGAGCCUUCGGUGACGCGCGCUAUAAAUGGACACGCGAAGUGCACGAUGCUCUCAACCAUGCAUUCAUGGUCGGCAACGAUUUGUCUUUACGGAGCCAGCCUCAGACUCUGAAAACACCAUCUUAUGUGACCGCACGACCAGAAGUUACCCACCGCAAGCUAUCUUUCGACAAGUCGUCGCCGGAAGCCAUUCGGUUCUUGGUCCUAGCUACUGACGGCUUGUGGGACGAGCUCACUUCUGAGGAAGUCGUUAGCCUCGUUGGCGGUCACUUGGCGGGCAUCAGAGGUGUCAUUCCGAAGUCCGAACUACCUUCUCUUGUACCGACGUCCAUCAAAACUAGUGGUGUAGAGGGUAAGGAUAACCGUCGGAAGCGAAACAGUGGAUCGUGGGCAUUCCGUGAUGAAAAUGUUGGUACACACCUCAUUCGUAAUGCUCUCGGAGGUGGUGAUGAAGAGUCACUGCGACAACUGGUGAGCAUUCCGGCGCCAUAUUCUCGGAGGCAUCGAGACGAUAUUACGGUCACUGUUGUGUGGUGGGAAGAAGGACGGGAAGAGGAUGCACAAGUCACAACACCUACGAAAGCCAAGUUAUAGAUUCUGUACUAAUAUUAACGGCUAAGUCUAGAAAUUGGAAAAGCUUGUUGACGUCCUCGACCCGAGAUCGAGGAACAAGACGGAGGCCGAAGAAGGAUUCUUACGGUAAUUAGUGUGAAUUCUGAUGAUGAAUUACUGUUGUCAGUGUUUGACGCACGUCCUGUGAGACAGCGGACC